AAACAUAUCAUGCAUUACAACCACUUGCCCCAAAUCAGGGCUUUCAUAACAGGAAGGAAAUUACGUUUUUCAUGUGUCUGAAGUGUGAGCGCGUGACAUGCGGGGACCAUCCCUUGACUCGUGCCCGCAUCGAGAUCAUCGUAUUUUCUUGCAAGGUAUUUUAUUUUCCUGGUUUUUAUUCGCUCCCCACCACCGGCAACCCUACUGCAUAGUCUUACAUUUGCAAUCGGAAGUAAUGGUCAAGACGAACGGAUUUUUAGUUAAACUUUCGGCAUAAAAUUUAUUAAACGACAACCUUCUAGCUAGCAGCUCUUUAGCUAGCUACUCUUUAGCUAGUAACUCAAAGCCUACGAUCGCGACAAGCAUAUCCCUUCAAUCUAAUCUCAUCUCGGACAAAGGCUUUGCAUCCAUCUGUAUACGAUACCAACAGCAGAAGAAGUUUUAUUAUCUCGAAUAGUUUUUUUUGCUUCUUUCAAGCAUACAUGUCACUUUCCUGCGUGGCCGCUUUCGCGUCUCCAGUCAUGCCAGAAUCGCAUAGAAAACUGGACACCUCAAGUUUAGAAAAGUCGGGUACUACCAAAUCCGAACUCGAACUGGUUUCGACCAAAGGCAUCCAUCCCUCUCUGCUCUCCAGUCUCACUUGGCCGAUUUUGAUACCUCUCCGGGCUGCCUCGCUCGCGUAUACUGCUGCAUCUGAAGUGGUCUAUGUAUGCGAUCUCGGUCGACACAACCUGUCAAAUACCUGGACCGCCUUGAAAGCAUAUUAUUGUGAUCCUGGACAUACCCGUCCUACGUGGAACUUGCCCUUCCAUUUGCUCUUGAAAACAAUAAAGUCAAAUCUCGAAUACCCAGGCCACACUCUAAAUAAAAUGCGAGGUUCGGCAGAAUUUUUGUACGAAGUUACCAUGCCGUGGAGUGUCCGAAUUACACCGUUUCGAUUCCACGUCAAUCGUCAGAUCCUUUUGGAACCAGAACGACAAGCUGCCCGCCACUCUUCGCUAGACUCGGACUUUGUAAUCCCAGAAGAGUGCUCGGGUUCGGAUGAAUACGAAUUGACCGGCGAGUGGGUGGAGUGGAAGGAUAAGAAUGAGAGUGCGAACAAAUCCGCGAAUAAAGAGGACAAGGUGAUCUUGUUCCUGCAUGGGGGCGCGUUCCUCUGCGGAAGUCCAAAAACACACAGAAGUUUGGUAUGGCGUAUUGCAAAGGAAACUGGUGCCAGAAUCUUUGUUUUGAAUUACCGACUUGCUCCCGAGCAUCCAUUCCCAGCCGCUAUCCAUGACGCCUUCGCGGCGUAUCUUUACUUGACCAAUCCAGGUCAUCCUGCGUUCUUGAAGCCUGGUGCUUUCUUCUCACCCAACACACCUCUACACCAACCUGUCUCACCACAAUCCAUCGUGGUUAUGGGUGACUCGGCAGGCGGGGGAUUGUCUGCGGCGUUUCUGGUGUACAUGAAGGAUUUUCUGAAGGAUAAAACUGGCGAAGCAAUGUUUGAACCGGUCCGGGGUGGCGUGCUUCUUUCGCCUUGGGUUGAGUUAACAUGCAGUACAGAAUCAUGGGACUCAAACUACUCUACCGAUUACCUCCCUGGUCGCCCCAACACCGUCUUUCACAGCAUGUUCCCCAGUGAAUCCGAGUCUCCACUAAAUCCCGUAUACUCUUACCUCUUUGGCCUGGGUGAUGCUGGACGCAAACGAACUUUCAUCACCCGAAGAAAGCGUCAAUGUGUAUGCAAAGCAGAGUCGACCUGCGAUUGUGGAGGGGAUUUUAAACCGAUUGAUAUGGCAAGGAGAGAUUCAGGAAUUGAUGUAAUCUUGGAGACUGAGGAAACGGAGGAUUGCAACCGUCCUCGGAACGUCCUGAACGUGAAGAGACGGUUGGAUGAGGAAGAAGUUGUCUUCAGAUUGGCCAAGCAUCCGCUUGCGUCUCCUAUCUAUGCAGACUGUAGUGGCAUGCCACCAAUCUUGAUUCAAAGCGGAGAUGCCGAGAUGCUUCGAGACGAGUCAAUGCUCCUUGCCCAUCGCUUGGCUCUCGCCAACCCAGACCUGCACGAGCGGGGUUUCAUGAGACUUGAGCUCUACCGUGACAUGCCACAUGUCUUCCAAGCAUUCACUUUCCUUCAUAGCGCCCAAACUGCCCUUAAGAACAUGUCCGUCUUUAUAUCCUCACUCUUCAACUCUUCCCAGUACGACACGGCACAAGGAAAUCAUGGCGUCGAGAGCGGAAUAGUAGCCGUCGAUUCAUUCUUGUAUCCUCCACCUUAUUCACAGACUGCCACGGAGCCUACCAUGGAUGUAAUGGAAGGUGUGGCGAGCAUGAAGGCGAGCAUGAAGGUGGUUGGUGCAGCCUUGGGCGGCGCGGUGGUCGAAGAUGUACAAGAUGCUGAGGGUGGGUGGCUGGUAGGAGAUGGGAUGUUGCAUCCGUUCCUUUGAACGGCCUAGUGUGUCUGCCAGGAUUUAACAUUAUAACUGUCUACUUUUAAAAUGCAUUGAUAUUAUUUUAAAUCUUUCGCUGCGUUUUUCGAAUAACUAUCUCUUGAGCCUGGCCU